AUGGACGUGGACGUGGACGUGGACGUGGACAUGGACGUGGACGUGGACGUGGACGUGGACGUGGACGUGGACGUGGACGUGGACGUGGACGUGGACAUGGACGUGACGUGGACGUGGACGUGGACGUGGACUGGACGUGGACGUGGACGUGGACAUGGACGUGGACGUGGACGUGGACGUGGACGUGGACGUGGACAUGACGUGGACGUGGACGUGGACGUGGACAUGGACGUGGACGUGGACGUGGACGUGGACGUGGACGUGGACGUGGACGUGGACGUGGACGUGGACGUGGACAUGGACAUGGACGUGGACGUGGACGUGGACGUGGACGUGGACGUGGACAUGGACGUGGACGUGGACGUGGACGUGGACGUGGACGUGGACGUGGACGUGGACGUGGACGUGGACGUGGACAUGGACGUGGACGUGGACGUGGACAUGGACGUGGACGUGGACGUGGACGUGGACGUGUACUGGACGUGGACGUGGACGUGGACAUGGACGGACGUGGACGUGGACGUGGACAUGGACGUGACGUGGACGUGGACGUGGACGUGGACGUGGACGUGGACGUUGACGUGGACGUGGACGUGGACGUGGACGUGGACGUGGACGUGGACGUGGACGUGGACGUGGACGUGGACAUGGACGUGGACGUGGACGUGGACGUGGACAUGGACAUGGACGUGGACAUGGACGUGGACGUGGACGUGGACGUGGACGUGGACGUGGACGUGGACGUGGACGUGGACGUGGACUGGACGUGGACGUGGACGUGGACGUGGACGUGGACGUGGACGUGGACGUGGACAUGGACGUGGAGGACGUGGACGUGGACGUGGACGUGGACGUGGACGUGGAGGACGUGGACGUGGAUGGACGUGGACGUGGACCGUGGACGUGGACAUGGACGUGGUUGGACGUGGACGUGGACGUGGACGUGGACAUGACGUGGACGUGGACGUGGACGUGGACAUGGACGUGGACUGGACGUGGACAUGGACGUGGACGUGGACGUGGACGUGGACGUGGACAUGGACGUGGACGUGGACGUGGACGUGGACAUGGACGGACGUGGACGUGGACGUGGACGUGGACGUGGACGUGGACGUGGACUUGGACGUGGACGUGACGUGGACGUGGACGUGGACUGGACGUGGACGUGGACGUGGACGUGGACGUGGACUGGACGUGGACGUGGACGUGGACAUGGACGUGGACGUGGACGUGGACGUGGAAUGGACGUGGACGUGGACGUGGACGUGGACGUGGACGUGGACGUGGACAUGGACGUGGACGUGGACGUGGACGUGA